GAGUUUAAAAGUACCAUGCUGUCAUUACUCCAUACGCAAGUCCCUCGCAAUAAUCUUCCUCUUCAUCAUCAGUGGCCAUGAAGCAGACACUCUGAACUCCACUCCACUCUACUGGUUUUUACAGCUUAAGUAGGAGAGGCAAACCAAAUUUGUAUAUAGACAUCAUCGGGUAGCGCAGGUUCAGCAGCUUCAAACGAAGAUUUCGUCGAUCAUUGAGGCGGCUGCCCAGCGGCUCGUUAACUGACGCUUCUUUGGCAGUCGAGGUAGCCAUGACGGGGGAUACUCUGUCCUCACCCACUUCGGUCGAAGAGGUCAAUGGAAAAUCUCAUUCGAAGACUAGCGGGAACGGGCAUUUGCUCGUGCUGGGAUUCGGCAGCCAAGCUCAUGUCGUCAAUAGCUUCAAGGUAGGAAUGUACCUUGCGGAAAGAGGCGUGACCAUCACGUACGUCAGUCGGCAGAAGUACAUCAACCAGCUCAAGCAGAGCUACUCGCCCGAGAAGCUCAAGGCAUUGGGCAUCCGGACGGUAGGUUUGGCCGAUGGAUAUGAAGGAACGCACAUCUUCGAUCGAGCGACUCGCUUCGAACAAGUCUUUCAACCGUAUCUGGAGGAGCUGAUCGCAGACAGAAAGGCAGGACUCGCCAUCCCCACUGCCAUCUUGGCCGACAGGUUUCUUCAAUUCGCCAAGGAUGUCGCCCAGAAGCUGGAAAUCAAAAGGUACGUCUUCUUCAGCGCUUCUGUCUCAGAGCCGAUGAUGUACAUGGCCGUGCAAGAGCUCCACAGAAAAGGGACGGUAAGAAAACUCGAGAAUGGGGAAUUUGUAGGCCUCGAGAAUGUUCCGAAUGUUCCAGGGUGCGAUUGGAUGCGACAGCAGGACUUGCCCUGGGUUUUAUGGGCUGACACUAAGGCAAUGUUGGACAUAAGCCACACCAUGACGGACGCUGAUGGCCUUGUCCUCAACUACUUCGACGACUUGGGCCCCAGAUGCCUCGAAACUCUCGGAAAUUCACUCUCUGCCCAAAGUGGCACGACAGGAAAGGCACCGAAGCUGUUCACGAUCGGGCCGUUGUCGAACGCGGCCACGUCUGUGAACGUGGCAUGCAACGGCGGCGAACUGAAGAAGACGGAAAUGCAAUGCUUCGACUGGCUCGACCAGCAGCCGACGAGCUCCGUCCUGUACGUCUGCUUCGGCUCGAUAUUCCGGCCCGACGCGCCGCAGCUCUACGAGCUGGCUCUGGGCCUGGAAGCCAGCAACCAACGGUUUCUUCUGGUCCUGCCCGCCACCGAGCGGCAAGGACUUCGGAAGGAUGGAGCUGUCACUUUGGAGGACGAGCUGCCCGAAAACUUCGCCUCGCGCGUCAGCGACCGGGGACUGAUUGUUUAUGGCUGGGUGCCGCAAAUCCAGAUGCUGGCGCAUACGUCCGUCGGAGGUUUCAUGUCCCACUGCGGCUGGAGCUCUUGCCUCGAGAGCUUCGGCAGCGGCGUUCCUAUGAUUGCCUGGCCCAUGGCCGCCGACCAGAAUCCCAAUUGCAGGUACGUGGUGAACGAGCUGAAGGUGGGCAUCGAGCUGACGGGCAAGAAAGGGGACAUGGUCUUUGCUUCGUUUUCAAUGCGAGUGACCGGGAAGAAGUACGACACGUUCGUGGAGAAAGACGAGAUCGCGCGGGCGGUCGAAGUGUUGAUGGAGGAAGAAGAAGGGAAGGCCACGAGGGCGAGAGCUCAGGCCUUGAGGGUGAAGCUCGGGGCAGCGUUAGCCGUUGGCGGGUCGUCGUACCGGCAUCUGCAGGAGCUCGCCGAUCACAUCAACGAGUGAGAAGCUCCUGGGCGGCAGGCGGCGAGCGGUGUGGUUAGCUCACGUGGCAAUUUUGCGUUCGUCGAAAUCAGGCCUCGCAGUACGGCACGCGGAAAGUAGGGACUGUAAUACACGUCACCACAUAUUUGCACACCAAUUUGUUUUGUAAAUUGAAUGUAAUAAAUUUUUUCUAGAAAAUACC